AAAUGUCGGAUAGGUGCUUGUGUACAAAAUCUGAGUUGUUUAUUUUUUGAUUUUCACAAAAUUAAACAUUGCCAAGAUAAAUGAGAUUCUCUUUUAGUUUGAUGUCUUGAUUGUUAUUUAUUGCCCUGUUGUUUUCGGGGCAGUAUGCGCUAAUCAUGUCAUUGAAGAAAGUUUAAUUUUUACGAAGCUUUGAAAAUGUGAUUGUUACUCGUUUUUGGCUUAGUGCCAUAGUUUUAAACAGUUUUAUGGGAAGCCAGCAAAAUGCAACGGUAUUUGGUUGUGAUAGUGCUCCUGUUUUUCGAGGGGGCGCUAGGUUAUUGUCCGUCGCUAUGCACCUGUAAAGGGAACAAAUCACUAGACGGAUCAACAUCCGAACUUCAACCUGAAGAACCCCUUAAAUUAAAAUGUGGCGGGAGUCCUGCUCAAAUUACCGAGCUCAAGGAAAUAGAUCUCAGCAAAUUAUGGAACCUUGUUGUCAGUCUGAAUUUGUCCGGGAAUGCUAUAUCAACUUUGUCAAGGGAGCUGCAUUUACCAAAUCUGCAGAAAUUGGAUCUCAGCAGAAAUCAAAUAAACCUUAUAGAGUCUGAUGCUUUCUACAACAUGACAUCUCUGCAGCGGCUAGACUUGUCCUACAAUCAGAUAAGCAAUAUAUACAAAGAAAUGUUCAAAGGCCUUGUCAACUUGGAGCGGCUCAUCCUGACUCAGAAUCUCAUAUCAACAUUAUCUUCUGGUACUUUCGAUUAUCUUGUAGGAUUAAAGCAGCUAGACAUAACUGAAAAUCCCCUUAUCUGUGACUGUGAUUUAUUAUGGGUUGGUGAUUGGUCUAGAAACACCAGUGUAAAACUCGUAAGCAACCCUAAAUGCAGAUCACCUGAAAACAUGGUCAAUAAAACUGUUAGGAAACUGAAGAUUUUUUUAGAUCUAUCCGCAUGUGGCAGCGUGUUACCAUCUAAUACUUUAAUAGUUAAACCAGUUCAUGAUCAAGUGGUAUUCGAAGGGGAUACACUAAUGCUGACAUGUAACGCACCAUUUGCUUCAGUGUUAGCUAAAUAUGAAUUGAAAUGGGUACAUCCUAUGCUGGAAAUCUGUGAUGUUAAUGUCACCAAUACAGAUAUGCAAGAAGAGGGUAUAGCCGAGACAACGGUAUUCUUUCCUAAUAUAACUAAUCACCACACGGGUAACUGGACUUGUUUGUACAGUGAUCAGAAUAGAAUACGACAUAAUCAUACAGUGCAAGUGUUAGUGUUGUCCAACAAGACUCAGUAUUGUGAAACAAACCAUACAGUGACCAACAAAGGGCUUUACUCAUGGCCCCAGCUUCUUCUAAACCAUACUGCGGUUGUACCGUGCCGUAGUGGUGAGGGGUUUGCAUAUAGGCAUUGCUUUGCGAAUGCAACCUGGGGUCCGGUGAAUAGUACGGAAUGCGCGUACAUUAGCAACGUGACGAAGCUGUUGCAACAGUUUGCAUUACUGAAUGUCAGUUUGGUUCAGUAUUCAGCGCUGAAUGCAACGGAGAGAUUGGCGAUGUUGAUACAGGAGAAAACUUAUCCAUUAGCAGAGAUUAAUGAUCCGGAUGACGUUAUGUUCAUAGCGCAGGCGAUACGGAAUUAUAUGCAGUACAUGAUUGAGGAACGGGAUUUAGGUGCAUCUUUAUUAGACGUUAUAAGUUCAGCUAUGAACAUCACACCGUCAGUGAUGACUAAAGCCGAGACUCUAUACGGUUCGUGUACGGACAUGUUGCGAGCCGUAGAAGAGAUCUCCGCCUACACCAACAAUGUACAAGGCCACAAGGUAAAGUUGGCAGUGGAGAGGUUCGCGGUGCGCGAGGGCUUCAGCGGGGUGACCUGCGUGUGGUACAGCGCAGCCGCCGCCCCGCACCCGGCGCCUCCGCCCCGCCUGCACUGCUCCACCACCAACCGCACCGUGGCGCCGCUCCUCACAGUCAGCGACGCGCUCAUACACGCCAGCGUACAGAUCCCUCAGUCGCUGCUGUACGGCAGCCUGUCUUCGGGCGGGCUGGUGCAGGGCGCGGCGCAGGACCUGGUGGUGGCGCUGUACGAGGACGCGUCGCUGCUGCCGCUGCUGCCGGCGCUGGAGGUGGACGGUCCUCCGCGCGGACACCGCUCCAAAGAUUACUACGGCAGGAGCACCAAGCGCGAGGACAUGAACAUGGAGAUCACCUCGCCGGUUGUCGGCUUCCAGCUCAGCGAGAGUGAGAUGCAGGGCGAGCUGCUGGAGCCGGUGAUAGCGACAGUGAGGGCGCGCGCUGCCGGCGGGGUGGAGGGCCGCGCCGCCGUGUGGGACCCCGCACUGCGCCGCUGGACAGACAACACCACCGAUUGCAAAGUGUCGCACGUGGUGUCGGAGAUGAUAAUAAUAAGCUGCACGCGGCUGGCGUACGUCGGCCUGCUGCAGAACGUGGAGACCGGCAUCUACGGGGCGCGCACCGACGGCGCCCGCUUCAAGGUCUCCCACCCCGCCGUGUACGUCGGCAGUCUCAUCCUCAUCGGCUGCCUCGCCUGCGCCGCGCUCACCUACGCCAUGUGCCACCCCGCCAUCCUCAUGCCGAGGAAGGCCAAGCACGCCCUCGUCAACACCUGGGCCGCCCUCGGCCUGCUCUGCUUCCUCUACACCCUCGGCAUCUACCAGACGGAGGACGUGAAGCUCUGCCAGGUGCUGGGCCUGCUCAUCCACUACCUGUCGCUGUGCUGUCUGCUCUGGAUGUGCGUCUCCGCCUCCAACAUGUACAAGUGGGCCACCAAGACGCAGGGCCCCGUGCGCUCCCCCGAGGAGGAGCUGCCGCCCGACGCGCCCGCGCACAAGCCCAUCCUGGGCCUCUACCUGGUGGGCUGGGGCAUCGCGCUCAUCGUCUGCGGCAUCUCGGGCGCCGUCAACCUGAAGGACUACGCCGGAUACUCCCAGUGCUUCCUGAGCACCGCGCCCGCCCUCGCCUCGCUCUUCAUCCCCGGCGGCAUCCUGCUCCUCUUCCUGCUCGUUCUGUUCCUUCUGAUCAGGUGCACCAUCAGAAACAUGAACGUCCAGUUGUCGGAGGGCACGCAGGCGACGGAAAACUUGGACCUGGAGAUGCUGGAGCCGAGCGCGGCCGCCGAGGGCGCGGAGAGGCGCAGCACCAAGUCCGCGCUCGACUCGGAGCUGGAGGACGUCGAGCACGCGCCCAUCAUCCAGCUGCGCGCGCAGGUCAUCGUGCUCUGCCUCUACAUGGCGGUGUGGACGUGCGGCGCCGUCGCCGUCUACCGCCCGCUGCCCGCCUACCUGCCCUACCAGGAGGACAUCUGCAGCAUCGUGUACGCGGUCUGCGCCACCGUGCUCGGCACCUUCAUCCUCUUCUUCUACGGCAUCGCCCGGAGCGACGUCAGGGCGCAGUGGUCCCUCAUGCAGUGCUACUUCCAGAAGAGCAAGCAGUGCUGCAGAAACCGUAGCGUGUUCGACGCCAACCAGCCCACCUUGCAGACCGGCCGGGGUGCUGCGCCCGCGCCCCCGCCGCUCUCCAACGACAACAGGUCGCGCUCCGACAGCAGGAGCUCCAACAGAACCAACUCCAAGACCAACAACAGCGGCACCUACAAAGCGGGCGCCGAACUCAACGGACAGACGCUGCAGAAGGAUUUGAUAAAGAACACGAACGGCAAGGCGCCGAACAUCAACCUGGUGGUGCUGCACCGGCAGCAGUACAGAUCCAACAACUCCAUGAUGACCUACCCGGAGCCCGGCGGCGUCGCGCCCGACCUCUUCUACAACCCCAACCAGAUGAACGUCGCCAAGAAGUUCUUCAAGAAGCAGCGGCAGCACAUGAAAAGAAAUUGCCUCGAGCUGCCCGUGCGCAGGGACUGCGACGACGACUCCCACGUGUCUCUGCCCCUGCCCUCCAGGGGGGCGUACGACGGCGUCGCUAACAUCAUCAACGCCGGCACCAAAGUCAACAAUACUAACCUCCACGUGGACCGCACCACCAGCGGGAUAAAGGAGCCGCGAAAUGCCGCCAACCCCAACCUGCUGGAGGAGGAGCCGCGGGACGACUUCAAGAGCUACGCGGCCGACAGGAAGUCCUGGGCCAGGAGCCAGGACCCCAAGAUCUGCAAGUCGCAGAUAAUGAACAUUUACACCAACGUGCCCGAGACCCAGGUGCCCCAGCAUCAAGUCGUGAAGGCGAACGCGCCCAAGACCCAGAACGGCCCCCGCAGCAGCGCGUCCGAGGAGUGUCUGAGGACGACGGAGCCCACCGAGAUGCGCACCGUCUCCCAGCAGUGCAGCCUCGAGUACAGCUCGGCCUCGGAGCUGGCCGCGCCCCACACGGCCUCCGACCACACCCUCGACACCCACUCCGAGCUCACCUCCUGCCGCGACACCCCCAGCGUCCCCAGCGCACCCAGCGCGCCCUGCUCCGCGAACGAGGUCACCGACACCGAGAGCUUCGGACAGUACAUCGACUACCUACAGCCCGCCCGCCCCGACCUCCCCGCGCCCGCCCCCGCCCCCCACAAGUCGCUGCAGGACAUCUCCGAGGAGUGCACCAUGCUCAGCGACGACGCGGCCCGCGACCCCGACCUCGACCUCGACCCCGCGUCCGGCGGCGAGGCCGACGCCCUGCUGCACCGCCCCGCCGACGAGCUCGCCGACGACAAGGAGACGUUCUUCCUCGCCAAGACCACGUACGACUCGGAGACGGGCAGCACCACCGCCAGCGAGCAGGGCUUCGAGAACGACAGCGACAUCUACUGCCCCGACUACCAGGUGUCCGAGGUCAGCAUCCGCAGCCACGGCCUGUACGCGCCCUCGCCCUCCGCCAUGUGUCCGCACGAGAUCAGCUUCAGCGCAGAGGACGUGGCGCACGACUCACAGUACGUCAACUACUGCCCCGCCUGGCGCGCCCCGCCCCGCGACACGCCCCGCGCCCCCGCCCCCGCCCUCAGCUGCCCAGAGGUCAGUCGCCCACACUCCGCCCACUCCGCCGCCAGCGACCUCGACGAGCUGUACACGCGCAUCACGAGCCGCGACCGCCCCGCCCACUCUGCCCACUCCGCCCACACCGCCCACACCGCGCGCUCGCCCCGCCCACACCGCCCACACCGCCCACACAGCGCGCGCAGCGGAGAGACCACCGUCUAG